CUUUUGUUAGCAAUAGUUCAAGUUGAUCUUAUAUGUAAUAAAGAAUAGAAAAAAAAUAUUUGUAUAUUAAAUGUAUUUAUGAGGAAUUUGUGAAUCAUAAAGAUACGCAUUAGCUAUGUGUUAAAAAGAACUGUGAGAUAAUUAUCAUGAAAUCAUUUCAACUGUUUUAGUUUGGUAUCAUAUGAAAUUAUAAGUUUAGGUAAUUUUAAAGUGUAAUAUUUCAGCAAGCUGUACAUCAGCUUAAAAUCUCAGUUAACUUUGUGUGUGUGCUGUAUAUUUAAAUAUGGUUUUAAUAAGGAUCUUUUCCUCCCACAAGAAUAUGACAAAUCGAAAUGGUUCCUCGUCCGUCGUUUUUUCCUUACUGAUCCUGUCAGUGGUAUAGAAGAAGGAGCUAAUCUAAUAGGAAAAUCUCAUCAGCCUGUUGCAAAAGUAUUCAGAUAUGCUGCUGAUGUAUCAUUGAAAAUUACUUUAAGGCCAAAUGGAAAGUCUGGAAUGAUUUAUCCUCCUUUACUUACAAUUUCCUAUGCAGAAGCCACACCCGAUGAUUACAUGAGAGAUAAAAAAGUUAAAAUGAAAUUUGAAGUUUCAUAUGAAUUGGACCAGUCUACUACAAUGGGUGGAGUAACGAUAGCUUUGGCAGUUCUGAGUUCUCUUGCUCUCAUUUGGUCUGUAGUACAAACAUGGAGUUGGUUUAGGCGUUCAGAUAAACAUGCCUUUGAUUUAGUGUCUCUUGGGAAGUUCAUUAUAUUCAUGAGUGGAAAUCUCGCUACUGUUUUCUUUAUUGUUAUGUUUUGUGUGUCUCUAAAAUGGUUUCUGUUUUUUAAAAGACAGUCUGUGUUGCAUACUCUUUUGCCCAAUGUAGAACAAGAAAAAUUUCUGGGUAUUUAUUUAGGAAUAGCCUUGGCAAUGAAAGCAAUACAACUUAUCCAUCUAUUGGCUGUCCAGUGUAGCAUAAAUAUAUUUUUUAUUGAUUGGGAACGUCCAAGAGUUCGAGCUUCAACAACUAGUUCUCGUAAUGUUACCAGCUCAAAAAAUGUAGCUGAAACGUCUGCCGGAAGUGAUACUAAGAAAAGCAAUUCAAGUGCUUUGAAAGGAACCCCUGACAAAAUCAAUGCAGAAAUGGCUGGUGUCAGCAUUUGGCGUACUUACUUUGUUGCUAAUGAAUGGGCUGAAAUUCAAAGUCAAAGAAAGAUUAAUCUUAGUAUUCAACUCUUUGGUGUGCUGUUUUUCUUAAAAGUGCUAGAGUUUGAAAACUAUGCUUUAGCUGGGCAGAGUUUUUCUGAACCUUCCUCUGAUUUAACCAAGUAUGUGCCUUACAGUACUUGCUGCAGGUUUGCUCUUGGUGCAACAGUAUAUUUAUCUUUUGCUAUCUUACAGAUGAUUGUCCGUAAAAUCAUAUAUGAGAGAUUUGUGGAAGACAAAUUACAGCAGUAUGUUGAUCUUUGCUCAGUUAGUAAUGUAAGCAUGUUUAUACUUGUUACUAAAAGAUUUGGUUAUUACAUACAUGGACGUUCUACUCAUGGGAAAGCUGAUGUGAAUAUGAAGGAAAUGCAUGAAUUUCUCCGUAAAGAAGAGGAAGAUUUAUGUGGCCAUAGAGGACUAUUACCUGAUACUGAACAGCAAACAUUUCAAAUUCUGUUGCCACCUGGUGUUCAUGAUCAGUUUUUAAGACUGCUGGUUCCUCUAACCUCAUAUAGUCAAGCUGCAGAUAGAAUGCAAGGAGUUGGGGGCCGAUUAGCUAAGGUUGAUAUUGAUAGAGUCGCAAAUACUCAUUAUAUGCUCAAUAAGUUUUUGUCAGGUUUCAUUGAACACUCUUUUAAAGACAUGGACUAUAUUGUUAAAGAUCGAGUUAUUCUAGAAAACAUAUUUGAUAUCGAAUGUUUUGAAGUAGCUGAUCGUGGAUAUUUCUAUAAUGAAGAUGGGCGAGCAUUCUCUGCAGUCCUGUUUUAUGGCAAUGAGAGUAUUUUGUUGUUGUUUGAUGUACUUCUUUUCAGUGUUAUUGAUCUUACUUCGUGUGAUUUUGUCCUCUCUGUAAUCCUCACUUUCAUCAUUGCAAAGGCUAUUCAAGCGCUGAGAAGGAGUGCUGGAAGAAGAAAUUUAGUACGAAAAGCCCUAAUUGAUGAACGUUUUUUGACUUAAGAAUUCCUUUUAUCAUAAAAGUUUAAAGAGGUCUUUAUUGUUAGAAUGCUUAUCAAUAGUCAAUAUCUUUUCAGCUUAGUAUAUCCAAAUCUGAUUUGGAAUUGUACAAUUUUUACGUCUUUCAGUCAUUUAUUGUAAAUAAUUUUAGGCCAUGCUAUAAUUUACAUUAUUAGUUGGCAUGCUACUGCCAUUACUUACAAGCAGCAAUACUUAUGAUUAGAUUUAGUUCAUAUAUAAAAUGUUUGUAUGAUAUUCUGAAAAAUACUUAAUUGAAUUUUAAAAAAGAGUAUUACUCAGUAUUAGCAGAAUGCUUUUUGUUAAGUUUUAUGUAUAAAAAAUUAUGUAUAUUAUUCUGGUAAAUAUUUAUUGAAUUUUGAAGGCAAGAUUUUGUUCAUUAUUUUAUAGAAUGCUUUGUGUUGAAAAUUUUUUAUGCCAAUAUUUUUAUAUUUUAUGUAUUUUUGUCUCUUUGUGAUUGUUUUGCAAACCACAUUGUUUAAUAUAAGCCAUUAAAUUUUGUUUUAUUGAAAUACAUAAAUUAUUUGAAAGCUCUUUACUUUGAUUUGUAUAUAUAGUCAUUUUCAGAGCUAUUGUAUAUUUUUUACUUUAUAAAUUUAUAAUGUAGUUUUUUAUUAAAAAGUUAAUCAUAUUUAGACAUUUUAUUAUAUAUGUUGCUUAAAUUUUGGAUAAAAAAUAUCACUUAAAAAUAUUAUUCAAAUUAGCCACAAUCCUAAUUGUUACGUAUUAUGCAUAGUCUUUGAAUUGCUUGUCUUUUUUAUGUGAAUUUUCCUCCUAGGAAAAGCUGUAUAAUUCCUUAUAUUUUGAUUUUCAUAAAACAUUUUGCUAUGAGCUGGUUUAUGUUUUGCUUCAUUAAAUAAAAUUGUUCUUUAAAAAUCUUAUUUCAGAAGCUGAUCUAUAUUUCAGCUCCUUACACUUUUGUGAAAUCUGUGGCAACUAUAUAUCAUAAUUAUGCAGCUGUCUGUAUUGAUCCAUUUGUAUUUUUCUAAAUCAUUUUGACACGUUUUCAUAAUUUCUAUUCAUUUAAGAUUUUGCUCAAUUUACUCUUGUGAUCUUUGAUAGUGAUUAAGGGAAUGUUAGAAUAUUUUGUGAAUAUAUUUGAAACAAUUUCCUUUUUUUUCCUUUAGUCUUCUAUUAAAGUACAUUAAACCCUUAAAACUUAUUGCUUAGAAAUCUAAAAGAAGAAUAAAGCUUCUCCAGCAUAAUAAAUAUAUUUCAGGAAAAAUACUCUGAACCAUUAUUUAAAAUGUGCUAAUAUUAGUUUAUAUUUGACCUUGAUUUUUAUCUUUUGCAAGUAAUAUUGGUGCAUUAUUUCCAAUUAUUAUGAGUGCAAACUGAAAAUAUAUCUAAAGGAAAUUUCCAUUUUCUGUUUAGUAAUGUAGUUUAUAUUAUAGAGCCAAUCUUAUUAAGUAGCUGUAACAAUAUAAAAAAAUUAAUUUCAAGAAUUUUUUUUAAAUAUAGUUAAAAGCAAAAAAAUCCUGAGCUAAAAUCCUACCUCAGGACUUUUAUAAUAAAAUUAUUGCUCAAAUAUAAAGAUUAAAAGAAUUAAUUAAAAAUCAGAUGCAAACUAUCAGUACAUAUAUUAACGUUAUAUAUAAGUAAUAGAUUAUCAAGAUAUUAGUAGCUGGCAAACUGUAACGCAAAUGAUAUCAGAAGCAUAACUAUCUUUUUUCUUCUAAUUGAGCAUUUUACUUUGAAGGCUUGUGUUUUAAGAUUGGUAAAAAAAAAGAAUUUGAGCUUUGAAUGAUAAGUAUGUUAAAAUACUUAAAUACAUUUUUUUUAAAUAAUGACAGGUUAUUAUAAUAAUUUGAUGUUGUUUAUUGCUAACAAUUAUUUAAUUGAUUUACAUUUAUUUUAAAAUAUAAAUGGAUAUUAGAAUCUGAAAUCAUUAAUGUUUCCAAAAUAUUUAGUUUUAAUAAUUUUUUAUUGUUUUUCUUAAUGAAUAUUUAGUGAAGACUAAAUUCUGACCUGAUUUUUUUUUACUUUCAUUUUACCAUCUCACCAAUAUUUAUUACAUCUAUUUAGUUGAUUUCACUUUGUCUUUCUUUUUAAAUUAGAUUACUGUUUAUUUAAUUUAAUUUGUUUUAGACUGUAAUUUUAAUAGUAAGUUUUCUUCUUUCAUGCCACUCACCGAGAAAGGGAGAUUAAAGAUAGAUAAGUUUUCUAAAGGUCCAUUUUAUAUAUCUAAAAGCUGAUUCUCUUUUUUUUUUUUUUUUUUUUUUUUUUCAUAGCAAAAUUAUGUGUUAGGCAAAAAUUUUUAAUUUUAAACACGGUAACUGCUUAAAAUAGUCUCAGAUUAUUCAUAAUUUCUCAUUAAUUAAUUAUUGAAUUUUUGUUCAAAAAUAAUUUUUGACCUUCUUUCUAAUUUUGUUAUUUGAAUUCAGAAUUUUAAUUUAUUAUGCAGUAUAAAAAGAACUAUUAUUCCAUUGUAUAUCUAUGUAAGUAUUAGGCAACAGUACUUUUCAGUGUUUUAUAUUCAUAAACAUUUCCAUAACCAGUAGAAAGUUUUUAGUGGUUGCGUGCUGUAAAAUUUUUUUCAUAGUUUGUUGUGUACGUAUCAAGGUUUUUGCAAAUGUUCUCCUUGAAAAUAUUUUACAUCUUUUUAUCCCUCCAUUGCUGUAAAUACCUUAGAAUAUGAUCAUUACUUAUGAUGUAUAUUUACUAAAAUAAAAUUGCUUUCAAUUCUA